GCUCUUAGUAUCGAUGUGAUUAGUGUAGAGACUGCAACAUCGAGAUUUUUUAGUGAUUUUUUUGUAUCUUCAAUUCACAUUAAUGAUGAGUGAUGAAGAAAAUCGUCCACUUUAUGCUGUCGUACUAUUUCUGCCAAGAAAAGUAGAUGAACUGAACGACAUCGACCUAGUGCCAUAUUCAUGGAUUUCAACAAAAAAACAUUUAUAUUGUUGGUAUCCAGAACCUGAUGAAUAUGAUGAGAUUAAUGGGUGGCUCGAAUCUUUACGAAAACCAAAGAAAUCAUGGACUCAAUUUCCUAUCGAAAUUGUGUGCAUAGCACAUAAUUUGGAACAAGGGAAACGCCGAGCAGAGCGACCCAAGAAAACUGCAAAAGUUGAGAGUACUGACUGUGACAACCCUGAUAAAGCGACGGAGAAUAUUGUGCAGAUAUUCCGUGGAAAGUCAUUGAAAAAACAAUUAGACGACGUUCAGCCUACGUCAAAAAGAUCUUCUCAUAUAAAACCACCAGAAAAAUCGAUUCAAAAAUGUGUACAGCCUCAGGACUCGAUUCGGACGCGUGAUUCAAUUAGCUUAAAGGAUGCACUCCCUUUAUCUAACAUAGAAAUGAUCAGAAAUGAAUUAAAGCAGCAUAGUGAGAUAAUAAACGAAAAACUGGAUGUAAUGAAGGCCAGUAUCAGCUACGAUUUAGAAAAAAAGUUUGAAGAUUUAAAAAAAUACCUUAUUGCACAUCAAUCAGGAAGUGCACCACCAGUUACUAAUUUGUCAACUGCAAGUGAAGGGUUCAAAAGCAUAUUGCCAGCGGACGACCUUGAAAGCUUUGAAAGUUUUGAAAAUUCUCUGACUAAAACUGCAGCAAAAGAUAAAUUAAAAAAUUAUUAUCAAGUUUUGAGUUUCGGAGAGACUGAUCUGACAAAAUGCAUCAGUAAAAUGAUGUCUGCAACAAUUACAAAAAGUAUCCAGCUGCUAUACUCAGGAUCAGGAGAAUCAAUUCAUGGUUCAGCAAAGAAGAGCUUCAGCAAUACUUUAGCUUCAACUAAUACUUUUACCUGUUUGCAAGAUAUAAUUUUCGAGAAGUUUAGUAAUUCUCAGGAGAGUAAAAGUAUACCGGGCAAAGCGGAAAAAUGGCUUGCUGGAGCAAAGGAUAGAUAUGGUGGACGAUAA